AUGCCGCUCACAGCUAAGGUUAUGAAUCCUGCUUUUACUGGCAGCACCAAAGCGAAGAUGUCUACCUCAGAAGCACCCGAGCAGAUCAAAGAGCUACCCGGCGACGAGAAAGAAGACGUGCUUUUCGAUACCCUGUUCGGUCUGCGGACAAUCGAGCUCAACCGGCCCACAGCACUGAACGCCCUUAACGGAUCGAUGGUGCGGAAGAUCGUGCCCCGGUUGCAGGAAUGGGCGAAAUCGGAUAUGGCGAAUGUGGUGGUCAUCAAGGGGGCUGGCGAGAAGGCAUUGUGUGCCGGUGGAGAUGUGACAAGUCUCGCAAAGGACAAUAAGCUUGGGGAAGAAGGACAGCAGCGGUCAAUCGAUUACUUUGCGCAGGAAUACAAGCUCGAUCACCUUAUUGCUACAUAUACCAAGCCGUAUGUUGCUAUUAUGGAUGGGAUUACGAUGGGCGGAGGAGUUGGGUUGAGUCUGCAUGCGCCGUUUAGGAUAGCGACCGAGAAGACGCUUUUCGCUAUGCCAGAGACUACGAUUGGAUUCUUCCCGGACGUGGGAGCUUCGUUUUUCUUGCCGCGGAUGGCGGGCUCUACCGGGACGUAUCUUGCUCUUACGAGUGAGAGGCUGAAGGGCGUUGAUGUCUACUAUGCUGGAGUUGCGACACAUUACAUCCACUCGACUUCCUUGCCUGCUCUGGAACGCCGUCUCGCUGAACUGAGGUUCAAGGAUUACCAUUCGUUGGAUGAGCGGUUGGGCCUCAUUGAUUCUACCAUUGAGGAAUACACGACCGGGCUGCCACACGACCAGCCAAUGCUUCUCAGUGGCCCAUUACGAAAGUCUAUCGAUGCUUGUUUUAGCGCAGAUACCGUCGAGGAGCUUAUUAAAAGACUCAGCAAACAGGCGGCGAAUAAUAGGUCUAACGCACAAUGGGCCGAAAAGACUCUCCUCGCUUUGAAGUUGCGAUCACCAACGAGUCUACAUGUGACAUUUCAACAGAUGAAGCUGGGUCGGAAAUGGUCCAUCAAGGAGGCUUUCCAGCGAGAACACCAAAUUGCGUCCAAAUUCAUGCGUCAUCCCGAUUUCACCGAAGGAGUGCAUGCGUUGCUCAUCAGGAAAGAUAAAUCACCAGCUUGGGCGGAGCCAUCCAAGCUCGAGGACGUGAAGGAUCCUGCUGCUCUCACGACACCAUUUUUCGAAGUCGAGGAAGGUAAAAGGUUGAAAUUGCUUACCGAGGGAAACUAUAAUGAGUAUCCUCAUUGGCGUUUCGGCCUGCCCCAUGAGAGCCAAAUCGAGGAAGUCGUCAAGAAAGGAAGUAGGACUAUUCCGGAGGUGGUAAGCUAUUUUGUCAGGGAGAAGCGAGGCAAGCAAGGCGUAAAAGAAGUUGUGGAGGAAGUGUUGGCAAGACGUGCCUACUCUGCCGAGGGUGGCAAAGCUGCUUGGUUGUGA